AUGGAAACUCUAGUAAAGAACGCUAUACAGCAAUAUUGUGAAGAAAAUAACAUCUUGCAAGAUUUUCAACAUGGCUUCCGGAGAGGACGUUCCUGCCUCUCAAAUCUGCUAGCUCGUCUGGAGCUCUUGACCAGGGCUCUAAAAGAGGGCUUUGAGGUCGAUGUCGUGUACAUCGAUUUCCGCAAAGCUUUUGUCACUGUCCCGCACCAACGUCUUCUUCACAAAUUGAGCGCCAUCGGCAUCCGGGGAGAUCUUCUGAACUGGAUAAAGGCGUUUGUGUUUGGUCGGAAACAACGUGUCUGUAUCGGGGAUGAUAGGUCAGAGUGGGUGGACGUGAUCAGUGGUGUGCCGCAAGGCUCAGUUCUGGGACCAUUGCUCUUCAUCCUUUAUGUUAACGACAGCCUUCAGGAACUCGACUGCGGCAAAAUAAUGUUUGCAGACGAUGUUAAGCUCUGGCAAGUCAUUAAGGGUCCGAAUGAUCAGAGAUCCCUUCAAGAUUAUCUGCAUCGACUGCAAGCGUGGUCGAAGAAAUGGCUUCUAGAUUUCAAUAUGGAGAAGUGUGCCGUCCUUCAUCUGCGUCCAACCAACUCUCAUUCAAAUGAGAGCCUGAGGGCAUAUCACCUGAAAGAUAUAAGGCUCCCCGCAGAAUCUUCACAGAAGGAUCUCGGGGUUUGGAUACAGAACAACCUGAAACCAACACUGCAGUGCCACAAGGCUGCAAAAAAACGCCAUGGGAGUGCUGCAUGCAAUCAAAAGGGCCUUCGUAAACUUUGA